AUGACCAAGUUUGUAAAUACUGCUGAGACAAGAUUCCAAGGUAUGGAAACCAAAUUUCAGAACCAGGAGGCAUCUAUUCGAAACUUGGAGGUACAGGUUGGGCAGAUUGCCAAGAUGCUUUCUUCUAGGCCCCAAGGUUCUCUACCAAGCAACACAGAGACCAAUCCAAGAGAGCAAGCCAAUGCCAUCAUGCUAAGGAGUGGAAAGGAGUUGCAAGAUCCACCUAAAGCAAUUGAACCCGUGAGCAAGCAAGAGGGGAUGAUCCAAAGAGAAGUGCUUCCACCAAGGGAAUCUUAUGAGACCAAAUUAAAUGAAGCUGAGACAACACAAAGAAGGCCAAACCAAAUGGAAGCAAAAUGUGAGUAUGAGUGGUCACCAAAAAUCAAGUUUUCAAAUCCUAAUGUCAAGCCAUACAUGCCACCAUUGCCUUUCCCUCAAAGACUCAAGCAGCACCAAAAUGAGCAAUUUGCCAAGUUCUUUGAGAUGUUAAAGAAGCUGCACAUCAAUAUUCCAUUUGUGGAUGCUAUCACACAAGUCCCUAGCUAUGCUAAGUUCUUAAAAGAUAUUUUAGCAAACAAAAGGAAGCUAGCAGAAUUUGAGACAGUCAAGCUGAGUGAAGAGUGCUCUGCCAUUGUGCAAAACAAGUUGCCACAAAAGCUUAAGGAUCCAGGGAGUUUUACUAUACCUUGUAUUAUUGGUGAUAUUUGUUUUGAUAAAGUUUUGUGUGAUUUAGGAGCUAGUAUUAAUCUCAUGCCUUUAACUAUUUUCAGGAAACUAGGUUUGGGAGAACCAAAGCCUACCACAAUCACUUUGCAGCUCGCGGAUAGAUCAAUCAAGCAUCCAAAAGGUAUUGUGGAAGAUGUUUUGGUAAAGGUAGACAAAUUUAUAUUCCCAGUUGAUUUCAUUGUCUUGGAUAUGAUUGAGGACCUGGAGCUAGCUACAGGUAAAGCUUUGAUAGAUGUCCAGCAAGGACAACUUGUGUUGAGGGUCCAAGAUGACCAAGUAACGUUUAAUGUGUUUCAGGCUCUCAAGCAUCCAAUAGAAGACCAAACUUGUUAUAGACUUGAUGUUAUUGACUGUGUUGUGCAUGAUUGCUUCCAAGUUAACAGGUUUGAAGACCCUUUGGAGGGUUGUUUAGUAAAGCCGACUACUACAGGUGGAGAGAAUGAUGCAUAUGAGGAGAUUUUCAAGAUGUUGGAAGCAAAUUCACCCUCAUGCCAAACCUGUACUAAGCAGUAUGGACCAAGAUAUGUGAAGCUAGAGAGACCAUUGAUGAAACCGCCCAAGCCAUCCAUUGAAGAGCCACCUUCACUUGAGCUUAAACCUCUCCCAUCUCAUUUGAAAUAUGCAUUUUUAGAAGGUUCUUCAUCCUUACCUGUGAUUAUUUCAUUCUUUUUGACAGGUGACAUGGAGAUUAGGGUUGUUACAAGUGCUUAA